CCCUCUGGCUUUCAGUCUGGGCCUGCCAAGGGACCCCUGCAGCAACUCGGUGUCUCUACACGGAGGACAAGGGAGGUGAAGAAGAUGGGUCAGAGGUUUCUGGAUGAGAAGCCGGCAGGGACCCGAGGGCAGAUUUCUGGGUGGCAGACUCAGUGUCGGGAGCUGCUUAGUGAGACUAGGGGUUCCUGCUGGGACCCAAAGCACCAGAAGAAGAACCCAAACACCAGAGAGGAGUUCUGACCGGCAAGCAGGAGGUCCAAGACGGUCUCGAUCUGCACGAUAAGGCGAGAAACCUGGGUCCCAGGUGGCACCCUAAUUCUCAAAAGGACCCAUACAAGCCCUUUCCUCUCCUGGCCAUUGUCCUGGCUUCUGAAAUGGAAGUGCAGGGGUUGGACGAGGUGGUGUUUGCCGGUUAGGUGUUUCUGGAGUCCACUUGGCAUAGGGCAGCACACAGUGGCUGGCAGUAGAGACUGACACGGCCCGGGGACCACCUCCCUCUCCUUCCUGAAUAGCCGUGCUGGGCCUGGGCAAGGAAGCUGGCAGCAGUUCCUAGAGGCUUCUACCCUAUGGUUAUGUCCCUGACCUCGGUGCUUGGGGGCGGGAAGGGUGGGCCGGCUGCAGGCAGCCUGUGGCCGCCGAACCUCCUUGUCUUAGGCUUGAAGUUGCUCUAUUGGGAAGAGGUAUUUUUUCCGGUUAAAGUCGGUUUCGGGAAUUGAGCUAGGGCCCGCCUGAUUUUCCUUUCCAAGUGUCCUGCUUGCUUGUACCAGGGGCCAGAUCAGAGCACUCUCAAAGGGGCAUAAAUCCCCUCCCCCCAAAUUAUCCAAUGCCUCUUAAGGAUUGGGGAGGAGUGGAUCUAGCUCUUGAUCCCUGGGCAUGGCACCAGCUGAUGGGGGAGGGGUGACUGGCUGAUCCUCUACCCAGGAAUGCCUGCAGGAGAGGGGCAGGGACAACCUACCCUCUUCCAGACAGUUCCUCUCUCCCUGCAGGCCCCAGGAACUCCAGACAAUUGUUCGCUGCUCCUCAACUACUUGUGCAUCCCUAACUGUGUAUGGAGCACUGACCUGCCCAGCUCCACUAAGAUGCUCCUGGCCUCUCCUUCCACGCCAUCGAGGGCACGAACCCCCAGCGCCGUGGAGAGGCUGGAGGCCGACAAAGCCAAGUACGUCAAGACGCAGCAGGUGAUAGUACGUCGUCAGGAGCCAGCCCUGCGAGGGGGACCAGGACCGCUGACGCCACACCCUUGCAAUGAGCUGGGGGCCUCUGCAUCGCCCAGGACGCCUGGGCCUGCCCGCCGAGGUAGCGGCAGGCGACAGCCAAGGCCUGACUCCCUCAUCUUCUACCGCCAGAAGCGGGACUGCAAGGCUUCGGUGAACAAAGAGAACGCCAAGGGCCAGGGGCUAGUACGACGCCUCUUCCUGGGCGCCCCCCGGGAUGCUGCCCCGAGCAGCCCGGGACCUACAGAGAGACCCGCGGCUCCUGCGGACUGGGCUGGGUCCCCGGAUGCUCCGGAGGCCACAGGGAAGAGAGCGUUGUGUCCCACGUGCUCGCUGCCGCUGUCGGAGAAGGAGCGCUUCUUCAACUACUGCGGCCUGGAGCGCGCGCUGGUGGAGGUGCUGGGCGCCGAGCGCUUCUCCCCGCAGAGCUGGGGCGCCGAGCACAGCCCGCAGGUCGCAACGUCGCCGCCGCCCGGCUCCGGGGACACCAGCGAUUGGACAUCCGGUGACGGGGACGCGGGCAGCCCGGACUGUGCGGGAGGCGGCGGUGGCGGCGGCUCGGAGGCGGCGGGGUCCGCCCGGGACGGACGCCCCUCGGUGUCAGUGGUGGAACGCAACGCGCGCGUCAUCCAGUGGUUGUACGGCUGCCAGCGCGCGCGCGCCCCGCCGCGCGAGUCCGAGGUGUGAGCAGCACGGCACCGGAGGCGGCUCCCGGAGAGCUCGCCUCGUCGGGGAACAAACCCUUUGCCCAGAUCUGUUUUCCCCGUCUGCACCCUGAGCAGGCGGGACCACAAGGGCCGGGCGCAGACUGAGGAAGGGGGGGGGGGGGGGGGCUGAAUGUGAGCAGCGAUGGACUGGGGUGGGAGAUGAGCGAACUACUGAAUAAAGCUAAAAGAUUGUUUAA